UUUGUUAAUACUGACAAGCAUAUCAGAGACAAGAUUGUUGACUUAGAAAAGAAGAGAAAAGAUUUAAACAAACACAGGAACCGUUUAAGUAAAAAUUUAGUUUUAAAAAGAGAAACUUUUUCAAGAAUGCUAGAGGAAGUAUUUGAUGUAAGUCAAAACAAUUGUGAACAUACUAUUAUGAAAGAUAAAACUAAAGAUUUAAAAACUAGAAGAGAGGAUGUAGAUUUUCUUAACGACCAGAAAUUAGCGCGUGUUCAGAAAAUGUUGGGUAAAGAUAAAAUUUCACAAAAUAUUGUAAAAAAUAAAAGAAAAAGAGAAAUGAAAAAAAAAAUUCAAAGUAUAAAAGAGUCCAUAAGAAAACAGAAAGAGUUGGUUACUGAGAAAUUUGAUGACACUAUGAAAAAUUUAAAUACUUUAGAUAAUGACCAAGAUGAACAGUAUCUACAUAAAAAAAUUAAAUCUUUUUUGGAAAAGCAGGCUUCUGAAUCAUUAACAUUCCUUCAAAAUUGCCUCGAUAAUGAUAUAUUUCCAAGAAAUGACUAGAAGUAUUUUAUAUAGUUAGCAGUUCUUUGGUUAGGUGGCAAAGUAAAAGAUUUUCACUUUAGAUUUCCAAUGGCUUCACAUCAUGCCAGGUUUAUGCCAGGGCAUUUAUUAUUUAACAUACGACAUUUUACAGCCACAAUUCAGUAACUUAUGUCCUGAUAUAAUAUCAUUACAAGAGGGAAAGCUGAUUCAUGAAAUUGGUUCAUUUACAGCACUAUUUUAUGUUCCAUGGUUUAUUAAAGCUCCUAUCCCUGCCAUAGCACCUUCUUUAGAUCUAAAAGCCAAUAAUGAAAUAAUACAAUAUUCUGAAUUAUGUCUUAAACCAGCAGAGGCCGUACUAAAGUCACUUGAAAAACACAAUUGGUAUUUAAAUGAAAGAUUUGUGGUUAUGUGUCUUGCUGAUAAAUGCUUACCUGUAGAUCAGCUACAUAAAUUAGCUCUUAAAUUAGCUCAAACAGCAAAGCCUACCAGUUAUAAAAUGGGAAAACUAAGUUCAGAAGUUUUUACUGACAAUGAAAAAAAAAAUAACAAAAAGAAUUGAAGAUUUUAUUGGUCCUGAAAGCUGGUUUUUCUUUGAUUUACUUAAAAUGACAGUACAUGAGAUAGAAUGGAUGAAAAUCAGUUCAUCAAACUGGGAAACAUGUUCAGGUUAUAUAAUAUUUAAAAAUUAUAUCACUGGUCUUCUUGUUGUAAAUGACAGUGCAGAACGUGCAAUUAAACUUGGUCAAGACUUUAUUGAAACUUUCCGAAACAAAGAAGAUAACCAAGCUAAUUUACUGGUUGUUGCAGAUCAUCGUCUAAAAUUUCAGACAACAAAAAAAAAAUCUUGGUUGAAAGCUUUAAAAUAACUUUUCUUUAAAAAAUAAAUACAAAUGUAAAAAAAAAAAUUUAUUUAAAAUUGUAAGAAA